UUGACACAGUUUUACUUUCUCUUUGAAUACCAAGAAAGACUUGUACACAUCAGCAAUUUAAAACCACUCACCAAGGAAAUGGAUACCAAUUACUAUGAUGAUGAAGACAGAAUUAAACCGGAAGAUUACCUCUUUGUGGCCGCCUUGGACUUCGGAACAACAUAUUCCGGGUACGCUUUUAGCUCUAGGUCUGACUAUAGAGAAAAUCCGAUGAAGAUGCAUGCCAACCAAGCCUGGAAUGCUGGCGGAAGUUCGCUGUUCUCUCUUAAGACCCCGACAUCCCUUCUUCUGGACUCUGAGGGUGAAUUUGUCUCCUUUGGUUAUGAAGCAGAAAACAAGCAUGGCAGCCUGGUACUGGAUGGAGACAGCUCGCGCUACUUGUUCUUCUCCAGAUUCAAAAUGAAACUUCACAAUCGGGAUCUCCUAAAAGAAGACACACCCAUCCCUGACAUUUCCGGAAAGCCAUGGCCAGCAAAGGACGUUUUCAUGCAGUCCAUUAAAGCUCUAAAGGAUCAUUUAAUGGAGCGGCUGACUCUCCAAGGAUUCAAUAUCACAACCCGAGAAAUCCGAUGGGUGCUAACGGUCCCUGCCAUCUGGAGUGACUCGGCGAAGAAAUUCAUGCGCAGAUGCGCAGAACUUGCGGGAAUUCCCCACGAAUUAUUGUCUAUCGCUUUGGAACCUGAAGCUGCUUCUGUAUACUGCCAGCACCUACCAAAUCAAACUUCGAAUCGAGAUCUUUCCAAAAAAGGAACCAAAUACAUGAUUAUAGACGUUGGGGGCGGAACUGCAGACAUCACGGUCCAUGAAAACCUGGGUUCUGGCAGACUACGAGAGCUUCACGCUGCUACAGGUGGCGCCUGUGGCGGAACAGCGGUAGAUAGAGAGUACAACAACAUGUGGACUGAAAUUCUUGGAAACAAAGUCAUGAAAAGACUUGCCAAGCAUGAAAUUAAUGCUUACCUCGAUAUUUUCAGAGAAUUCGAAUCCGCCAAACGGUUAAGAAAACCGGAUACAGAGGGCUCGAUUAGAUUAACCGUUCCAUAUGCAACAGUCAAUGCCUUAUGCGAAGAAAUUCGUGGUCAGAAGAUGGAGGACCUGUUCCAGAAGUCAAGUUAUGCUGAAAACGUGAUCAUAAAAAAAGACAAAAUAAACAUUGAUGCAAGCAUUUUGAAAAAAUUCUUCGAACCGGCCACCGAAGAGCUAGUUGUCCAUAUCAAGGAAAUCAUUCGAAGCCCGAAAGCUAAAGAUGUCACAAAAGUGCUGCUGGUAGGAGGAUGUGCAGAGUCAAAGAUUUUCCAGAAUGCUGUCUCUCAGGCAAUCCCCGGCGUUCACGUGAUUGUCCCAGAAGAAGCAGAACUGGCCGUCCUAAAAGGAGCUGUAAUAUUUGGUCAUAAUCCAAAAGUGAUCAAAUCUAGAAUUCUUCGGUAUACUUAUGGUACAGCGGUAGUCCCUGAAUUUGUACGUGGUGUUCACCCGAGGUCCAAAUUAAUAAAAAUAGCUGGAAUUGAUAGAUGUGAUGGUGUAUUUAACACAAUAAUGUCUGCUGGUACCGAGGUAGAUCUAGGUCAAAAGAUCUCUCAAAUGUUUGUAACUGCCACUUCCUUUCAAUUUCUAGUUGAUCUCUCUGUCUAUUGUUCACCGAAAGAAACCGUCCAAUACACUGAUGACGAUUCUUGUUUUCUUUUGGGUAAAAUGGAAAUCGAGCUUCCAGUUAUCACAAUGGAGCAACAACCAAUUUUCGCGGAAUUUUGUUUUGGAGAUACCGAACUUGCUGUUACAGCAAAAGAUAUGUUUACAAAGAGACCAUGCAAAAGCACUUUUGAAUUAAACGAGGAUAUGUGACUUCAUGAUAAGCAAAACAAAUUGCAGGUAAUGAGUAAAUAACUAACGACAAUUACAAUUGUCAAAUUUUCGUCGUGAGGAUGUACGAAAAAAUCACAUAAGAUGGUUAAAGAUAUACCCCAAAAAAAACCCAGCUAGCACUAAAACUACACUAACUUGGAGUAUUGUGGGUCAGUCAAUUGGACGAAUAGGUCGUGUCCUAAUUCACUCCCUAGAAAACUCCCUAGAAAACAUUGAUUAGCAAGCCGAAAACAACAAACGUGAAAUUUUCAGUGUUUAUACAUUUGUAGAUUUAUUGUAGUUUUAAUGUUAGCGUUGUGUAUCUUUAGUCAUAGUAUGGUAAACCUUUCCGUUUCUCCUGAGGAAGAGACAGGUCAUCCCAAGAAUUUGGCAAUGUAAUUGUGUGUGUAUGUGUGUGUAAAUUCCAAUAAAAUUUAAUUGUGAAUUGUCAAAAAUCAUAUCGUAUUAGAUGCAAAUAAAAAACAUAAUAAGGAGGUGAAAAUAGAAA